AUGCUGAAGCGGGGAUUUCAAGCGAUUCGCAGCCCGCUGAGAUGCUAUUCAUCAGAACCCGUCAGACGGGUGGUUAUGAUUCCGGGCGACGGUAUUGGACCCGAAAUCUCGGACGCAGUUCAGAAGAUCUUCUCUGCCGCAAAGACUCCAAUCGAAUGGGACCCAGUCGAUGUGACACCGGUAAAAGGACGUGAUGGUGUUUUCAGAAUCCCUAACAGAGUUAUUGAGCUCAUGCACGAGAACAAAGUUGGUUUGAAAGGUCCUCUAGAGACGCCAAUCGGAAAAGGUCACAGAUCUUUGAAUUUGGCCGUAAGAAGGUAUGUUUUUGAGCUUAAUUUUUGGAUUUUAGGUAACACUUAUGUUAAAAUCGAGUGAACAAGACAAACUCUAAGUCUUCCUUUUUAGAGAAUUCAACUUGUACGCUAACGUACGUCCCUGCCGAUCGUUGGAAGGACACAAGACGCUCUAUGACAAUGUUGAUGUAGUCACCAUCAGAGAAAACACGGAAGGAGAAUAUUCCGGAAUUGAGCACGAAAUUGUUGAUGGUGUAGUACAGUCGAUCAAGUUGAUUACCGAGAAUGCAUCUCGUCGUGUUGCCAGAUAUGCUUUUGAAUAUGCCAGAAAUAAUGGCCGUAAAAUGGUAACCGCCGUACACAAAGCCAAUAUCAUGAGAAUGAGUGAUGGUUUGUUCUUGAACAUGUGCAGAGAACAAGCUAACGAGUUCCCGGAGAUUAAGUUCAAGGAAGCCUACUUGGAUACAGUCUGUUUGAACGUAAGUUGUGGGUUAUGCAGCUAAUUUUAGGUAAUUUUGGCGGUGUUUGUAGCCUUAUAAUUCAUUUUAAAACUUCAGAAGCCUUUUUUUAAGUUUUGAGCCUCUAUAUCAAGUUAUCUUUAUGUUUUUCAGAUGGUCCAAGACCCAUCCCAAUACGACGUUCUAGUCAUGCCCAACUUGUACGGUGAUAUCUUGUCUGAUUUGUGCGCCGGUUUGAUCGGAGGUCUCGGAGUCACGCCAUCAGGUAACAUUGGAGAAGGAGCCGCCGUAUUCGAGUCGGUUCACGGUACCGCCCCAGACAUAGCAGGACAAGACAAAGCCAACCCCACUGCCUUGUUGUUGUCGGCCGUGAUGAUGCUCAGAUACAUGAAUUUGGACACUUACGCAAACAAGAUUGAAAAGGUAAGAUUCUUUGUUGAUUAGAACAAGAAAAUUCAGUUUUUCUCUUAACUUUUUGGACGAAAAAUUUCUUUUUCAUGUAAUUUAGCACUAAAACGUGUUUUUUUCCAUAAAUUCAUAAACAAAAUUGGAUUUCUAAUGGAUGUAUUGACCUAAAACUUCAUUAACUUCUUAUUUUCAGGCCUGUUUUGAUGCCAUCGCUCACGGCGACCAAAAGACCGGCGAUUUGGGCGGAAAAGGCACUUGCUCCUCUUUCACCGAAGAUAUCUGCGCUAGGAUCAGGAACUCGGAUUAA